UUUGGCUAACAAAGACGAUCGUCCGUCGUUUCAGUUCCGAUUCGUCUUGUCGAUCGGACUUAUUCUUCUUCUUCUUCUCCUCUCUUUUAUCGCUUCCCUUCACCCUUUGUUUUUAUUCUUCUCGAAAAGAAAGAAACAAAUAAGAAAAAAUAUAUGUGAGCAGCAAAUCAAAUUCGCGCGUAAGAAGAUAAUCAAAGUGAUAUCGUGUGACGUAGAUGUGUAAAAAGAAAAGAAGAAAAAAAAACCUAAAAAGAAAGAGAGAGAAAAAAAAGUAUUUCGAUUAGGUGUUCCGUUCUUGUGGCAUGGGAUGUAGUAGGUCAAGGUUAGAUCUUCCGUCGAUCUCGCAAAACAACGAGGAUAGACCCAUCAGGAUCGAGAUUAAAUUCGGUACAAAUUCAAAGUCAUCUGGUAAAAAUUCUCCUGUUAGCGGUGUCGUCGAAGGUGUACCAGGGAUGGCAUCCGCAGGGGUUGGAAGAACGAUGAAGGAAUACGAAGAUCAGCUCGGUGCUUUAAAGAAAGAGAACUUCAAUCUUAAAUUGCGAAUAUAUUUUCUCGAAGAACGUAUGGGGAUUACUUCCGCCGACGAGGAUGCGAUUAAAAAGAACAUCGAGUUAAAGGUAGAAGUUGAGUCGCUUAGGAAGGAGUUGGCAGAGAAGCAGGAACUUCUUAGCCAAGCGGCUAAGGCAUUCGAGUUGAUUGAGGAACAAAAGGAGGUCUCCUCGCGGAAUCAAACACAAUAUGAGCAAUCUCUUGAAAAGGAGCGUGAAAGGAUCUUGCAAUUGGAAAAAGAACUCGAGGAAUAUCGGGAAAGAGCAACUACUGAUGCUUCCAUUUUUUACAAAGAAGCAUUUGGUGUUACGCCAGAGAAAGCUUUGGAAAAUGAAAAACUUCACCAAAUGGAAGAACUCGUUGAAUCGCUCGAGGCUGAGGUAAGACAAUUAAGUGAUAGCUUAGAAAAAGAACGUGAAUGGGCUCAAGAAUUGGAAAGCGAAAGGGAUGAAUAUAGAGAUCGUUUUGAAGCUGCAAUACAAAUGAGAGAAAAUUUGGUUACCGAAAGGCUACGAGAUAUCGAUGAAUUGAGAGAACAAGUUCGAGAAUUGGAGGAUCAAAUUUUUAAAAAAGAUACUAUCAUUCAGCAAUAUAAAAGUGAAAUAAGUGAAAAAGAUAGGGCGAUAAAGGAGAAGAACACGUUACUGGAAGAAAAGUGUAGGGCAUAUGAAGAUAUAUGUUCAGUUUCUGAUAGAAGAAAAAAACAGAUUGAUCAUUUGAAAACGUCCGUAAAAGCACGAGACGAUGCUCUGACUGAUCUAAAUAAUAAACAUCGUACUCUUUUAUCUCAGUUUGAAAACGGCUAUACAAAACGAUCACCGGUAAGCAGCCCCUCGACAGUAAAUCCAUUUAUAGAAUCCAUGUCGCCAAGGAUGGCACAAAAACUAACUUGUCUGCAGGGUUCAGCGAAUAACGAUAGCGCUGCGUUUGAACGGGAAGCAAACAAGGAAAGACUCAUUAAAGUAAAGUCGCCUACAAUCAUGAUGGCCAGUACGGAUGAAAAGGAAACUAAAGAGUUGGCAAAGGAAUUGCAAGAAAAGGAACUAGAGUUGAAGCGACAGGAGGAAGAAAAAAAACAGUUGAUCUUGAAAUUGUGUAACGUGCAAAAGCAAGUUGAAGUUACGGAUCAAAAAUUCAAAAAGAUGGAAGGUGAACAUCAAAAGGCUGUUAAGAUGAUCCAAGGAUUUAUGGAGAGGCAACAACAGUUGGAAGAUAGAAUAGCAAGAAAAGAACGGAAGAUAGAGGAAUUGGAGGCUGAAUUGAAUAGGUCAUCUGGAUACGAGGAUGUGAAAGCAAGAAGACGCGAUGGAUCUGCCAGAAAGGAUUACGGUGUUGAAAUUACUGAAAAUCCAGAACGUGAUGAUAAUAGCAAUCAGCAACGGUUUGAAGAAAUGGAAGCCAAAAUAAACGACCUGCGAGAUCAGAUAGAGACAAUCAAGGAGGAGAAACAUCGUCUGGAAAAGCAAAUACAGGUUGAAUCAGAGGAGUUACAGGAACGACUCAACGACAAAGAUCAACGAAUAGAAUUUUUAGAAAUAGAGAAGAAUACGAUGAAAGAAGAGUUACAAGACAAGAUCACUGAACUUGAUAAGUUGAAACAAGCGACUGUGGAAAUUCCCACCAACGAAUUUUUUGAGUCUUCGGAAUAUAAAAAAUUAAUUCAAGAACUAGAUCUACGUAACGCGGAAAUCGUUGAGAAAAAUCAGAAAAUCGAGCAGUUAAGCAAGGAGUUGCAAGUGAAGACACAUAAUCUUCAAAAAUUGGUGAAUACCGAGUUAUGGAGUAAAAACAAAGAAAUCGCCAAGCUACAUAAUCAUAUGACGGCAAACAAUCAAUUGGAUAGAAGUAGAAGCAAAACUGAUAUUCCUCAAGAAAGUGCUAGUACACAUUUUGCAACUCUUAUUAAGGAAUUAAGUGACAUUGGCAUUAAAGUAUCUUUUACCAACGAAAUCAUUCAAUUAAAUUACGUGAAUGGAAACGAGUCGAUAGACGUUAAAACAAUGACAGAAUAUAUUCAAACAUUGGUUGAAAAGAAAAACGAAUUGGAGAAAGAAGUGGAUUAUCUUAAUUGGUUGAAACUUGUCACAAAACCCGACAUAAAAGCAGAAAUUGAUGAAUGUGAGAAUGAAAGUGAAAGAACGAGAAAAUAUUGCGAAUUGUUACGCGCUCAUUUAAAGGAUCUCGUUAAAUUAAUGAAGGACAUUCUGAAGAACGCGAAUCAUCUUGAUACGAUUAAUAGUAACCAUAAUCAAAUCGUAUUGGACGUGCUCCUUAGUUCGAAUAUAUUUUCCGAUGAGUUUGCACAAGUUCUCGAAGAGAUGACCAAGCACGUUGUGAUCUUUGGUAAUAAUAAAAAUGCGAUUGAAAAUAACGAGAAAACAGACAAUGCUGUGAAAAAAAGUUAUUCCGAAAAUAUUUUGGAUUUACCGAAAAAUCAUACGACUACUCAAUCAGAUUCGGAAGCUUUCUCGGAACCUGAUAGAAUAGUAUCUAUGGCUAGAAUCGGUUUACAAGAAACUCAACACAAAUCUAUUAAUCGUUCAAGAUUUAGCAAACAUACGAAAACGUUUAGCGACUCGGAGGAUUCGAUGGAUUAUAUCCCAUAUCAUAAAACUUAUCAAGAUGAUUUACAUGAUCUGGACGCGAAUAAUCAUAUACAGGAACUGAAAGAAACAAAUAAUCUUUUAUAUUCUGAAUUGAGUGCUCUUAGAAACGAUCUUAAUACAAAAAUUUCCUAUGAUAUCGUAUUCGAUGAAAAGUUGGUACCGCUCAUUUUGAAACUUGAAAAGUCACAAAAAGUUUGCGAGAGAUUGCAAUCGUCUUUAGACAAGAGAAUACAUGAGUGCCAUGCUUUGAGAAAAGAGAGUAAACAGAACAGUAUACGUAAAGCACAACUUGAGAAAAAAAUAGUAGAAGUGGAGAGUAUGGUCGCUGAAAUGAGUAAACAAAAAUCUGAACUUCUGCAGUAUAAAGAAAACACAGAGAAGAAGACAGCUGAGAUGUUAAUGGUUCUUAAGAAAGAAAACGAGAGAUUGAGAUCCAAAAUCAGAACAAUGGAAGAAGAUAGCGAAACUGCCAAAGCAAAAAUAUCAGCCUUAACAAAAGAGUUGGAUCAUCUUACACUCUUACAUAGUCAAAUUCUCGUCGAAAAUACAAAAUUAACUAAUGAGAAAUUAAGACUUGAACAAGAAGUACGAAAAACUGAUAACAGAUACGAUGUGUCUGUUCGUUUAUUGCAAGAUAAAUUUAAUAAAGAGAUCUCAGAUUUGAAUCAAAUAAAUGAUUCCCAUAGAGCAAGAGUUGAAGAACUCGAAGCUACAAAUAAAGAACUUCGAAGACACGUUGCUGUUUGUGAAGCAAGCGAUUCUGCACCAAGCUCGAGUGGGGUUUCUUCGAUACCAACUGAUUCCACAUUAAAACAAGCAUGUGACGAAAUUAUUCAAGAAUACCAAAAUUAUAAUGCCUCGCAAUAUUGGCAUCCAAUAAAUUAUCAAACUCUCGGUGGACGAAGUAAAUCCAGUUGUUCGCCUGAUCUAGGCAUUGAAAGUGAUGCAACAAUUAACACAAUAAGACCACUACAAGAUACUUUGAAGAUUACCGAGUCAAUGACCAAUUUACUCAGCGAUGAAGAUAAUGGUAAUAGGAAUGCUGCUGCUCGAGAGGUAGACAGUGAUAGUCCAUUGCCAAUUGAAGCAAUUUUUGCUGGACAUAAAUAUAGUCUUGAUGAAAUAGAAACACUUAAACAAGAAAAUGAAACGCUGAAACGAAGGUUAAUGAAAACAAGAAGAGCUCUUGAAGAUACUUUUCAACACUUGUCAACAUCGAACAAGAACAAGAAGAAUGUAGAAAAGGCAAUCACCAAACAAUUGAUGAUUACGAAAAGUAUAUUAAAGAAAACAAGAACUUACGAUGAACCAUUUGAGAACUGAUAUGAACAAAAAUAUAUACAAAGACCGAAUUGAAUUAAAUAUGUCUGUAGAAGAGAAAGCAGAUACAAAAUGGACAAGGUUUUGUUUAACCAAUUUGCGUUAAUCUUUGAAUUGUCCACAUACACACAACACACAAAAACAUCGUGUUCAAUUUUAAUUGUUACAUAUUUUAGAAUCCAACUGCUAUACUAUUCUACAGACUUAUAUUGUUAAUUUUUUUAAUAAUGAAACAUUUCGAAGUGACACGUGUAAAUGUUACGAAUAUUACUAACAGCGAUAUUCUAUCAUUGUAAUUUUUGUAAAACACAAAAAAAAGAAACAAAAAAAUAAGUAUUUUCUUACUACAACGAAAUGUUUUCGAGAGGAAACGAAAAAAUGAAAAAACCAUUUAUGUGCUUUUUAAAAUACGCGACUGUAUAAUACGAUAUUUGUAUAUACUUAUGUAGAAAGAUUGCACGUAAAACAUUGUAUAAAUCCAUUUUGAUUUAUACUUUAGUGAUUUCUUUCUUUUUUUUUUUACAUGUUAAGUUCUUAGCAAGAAACUUAUUCUUUUUUCAAUUAAUUAUUUUAUCGAUUACAUGAAAUCACACGCGCGAAAAUUCAAAAAGGUGUGUUGUAUCAUUAUACGGCAUUUGUACAUAGAGUCUUCAUAAAUAAUAAAGUGCCAUUAAUAUUUGCGGUUUGAAAUA